CCGCCGCCACCGUCGCCUCACGAGCCCAGGCUCCUCAGCUCCGGUCCGCGCCGCGCCCGCCCGCUCGCUGGGCCUCUUCCCAGCCUUUGCCCGCCGCCAGUCGCCCAUGGGGCGUGCCCGCGGGUCCGCGGCCGAGAGCCGCUGAGCGCUGGCCGUCACGCUGAUGUGCGCGGCUGCUCGCGCCCGGGAGCCCAGGCCGCGCCGGGCCCGGGGCUGAGGCCACCCUCGCGGCAUGUCCGGCCCGGCCCGCCGCCCGCCGCCGCCCAGGGCCCGAGUCCGCGCGGUCCGCACCGAGCCCGGCGGUGCCGCGUAGCACAGCGGCAGCGGAGCGGGAGCCCGACGGCACGGCCGCAAGGUCACCGCGCGCCAUGGAGGCCAAGGUCCGUCAGAGCCGGCGCUCACGCGCGCAGCGGGACCGCGGCCGGCGCCGGGAGGCGGCCCGCGAAGCCCGCGACCAGAGCGCGUCGUCGGGUGACGAGCCAGAGCCCGGGCCGGGCAAGGAGAACACGGGCCUGCCCCGCGCACCCCCACCCCGCGCCGCCGCCGCGCGCCCCCCGCGCCGCCGCCGUCGUGAGUCCAGCUCGCAGGAGGAAGAGGUCAUCGACGGCUUCGCCAUCGCCAGCUUCAGCACGCUAGAGGCCUUGGAGAAGGACAUGGCCCUGAAGCCACAUGAGCGGAAGGAGAAGUGGGAACGUCGCCUCGUCAAGAAACCUCGCGAGUCAGAAAACUGCCCGACUGCAGAGCCGAGUGAGAACGGGCGGCCCCUGGAGGCAGGCAGCUCUGAGCAGGACCUGGAGCCCACCUGUGACCGAGGGAAGAAGAAGGUCCCAUUGCAGCCCACCAAGCAGAUGAAGGUCGCGGUGUCCAGAGGGGGCGACCACAACAGUGACGGCGACAGCUUCCGAGAAGCCAGCAGCUCCCGGAGGAGCAGUUCCCGGGACCAGCUCAGUGACAGCUCGGCGCAGGCGGUCUCAGGCAGAGGUUACUCCUGCGACAGCGAGAGCGACGGGGAUGACAAGGCAUCUGUGGGCUCUGAGAAGCUUUUUGCCCCAGCAGCGGAUAAAGGGCCCACGUUGGGCGAGAAGUCCGAGGCCAAGGCCGGGGCAGCACCCAAGGUCUCCGGUCUGGAGCGCAGCCGCGAGCUGAGCACCGAGCCGCCCUUCCUGCCCCCUGUGCGCAGUCCUGUGCCCGCCCUGCCCUCCGGUGCCCCGGCCAGCCCACUGGUUAAGAAGGAAGCCCCGGCCCUGCCCCGCCUCGCCCCACAGCCGCCUCCUGCGCCCCCGCAGCCCCGGGCCCCGCUCCCGACGCACGUGCCUCUACCCCCGGGCGCCUUCCCCGGCCACGGCCACGGCCACGGCCCAGCAGCGCACAACGGCCUGCACAGCCUCAGCAGGAGCAGCAGCGCCAGCAGCGGCGCCAGCCUGGGGCUCGCGAAGCACGCGUCCCUGUCGCCUCACGGGCCGGGCCCCCACCUCUCUACCUCACACUUGGCGCUCCGCUCGCAGGCCCAGCACCAGCACCACGCGGCGGCCAUGUUCGCCGCGCCCCCGACACUGCCCCCGCCCCCGGCGCUGCCGGCCAACAGCCUGGUCAUCCCAGGACACCCCGCCGAUGCCAGCCUGUUGAUCUCAUUCAGCCAGCCAAUCAUGUAUUGCCAGCCUCAUUCGGGGAUUCUGAUUGGUACUUGGUCACAGGCACCUCUCUUACCUCCACCCUGGGGCCCGCACGUAGCGAGCGGCCACCACGGCUUGGCCUGCCGAAACCGGGAGUGCCAGGUGACUAUCCGCCUCGCCCCGCCGGGAGCCCGCGGCCGACGUGCCUCUCUGUCUCUCUCUUUUUCUCUUGUAGAUCACGAGCUGCUCAGGCAAGAGCUGAACGCGCGUUUUCUGGUCCAGAGCGCCCCCCUGGGCCCGGGAGCUCUGCUGCGGGCGGAGUUCCACCAGCACCAACACACACACCAGCACACACACCAGCACCAACACACAUUCGCCCCCUUCCCUGCCGGGCCACCCCCGACGCCGCUCCUGCCGCCCGCCGCACCCCCGCCGUUUGACAAGUUCACACCCAAGCUGGACAGCCCCUACUUCCGACAUUCCAACUUUUUCCCGCCCUUCCCUCCGGCCGUCCCAGGACUGCCCGCCCCGCUCCCACACCCAGGUCCCUUUGGAUCCCUGCAGGGUGCUUUUCAGCCCAAGACUUCAAACCCACUCGAGGUAACGGGCCGGGCCAGCGCUGUUCACACCCUCCUGCAGAAAGCCCCAGGGGUGUCCGACACGUACCGGACAACAGUCAGGAAGCCCGGGAAGUGGUGUGCGGUACACGUGCAAAUUGCCUGGCAGAUAUUCCACCAUCAGCAGAAGAUCAAGAUGCAGCUGGACCCCCACAAGCUGGACGUGGGCACCAAGCUGGACUUGUUCAGCAGACCCCCUGCCCCAGGCAUAUUCGCUGGCUUCCACUACCCGCAGGACCUGGCCCGGCCCCUCUUCUCCAGCUCGGGUGCCGCCCAUCCCACUACCAACCCGUUUGGACCCUCAGCCCAUCCUGGCAGCUUCCUGCCCACUGGUCACUUGACAGACCCCUUCAGCAGAUCAAGCACCUUCGGGGGCCUGGGGAGCUUGGGCAGCAACGCCUUUGGAGGCCUGGGCAGCCAUGCGCUGACUCCCACAGGCGGUAUCUUUGCCCCCAAGGAGGGCCCCACGCUGCACGGCCUGACCAGCCCCCAUGAGGCCUGGAACCGGCUGCACCGGGCGCCUCCCUCCUUCCCCACGCCACCCCCGUGGCCCAAGCCCAUAGACACGGAGCGGGUCUCAGCCCUGACCAACCACGACCGAGAGCCGGACAAGGGCAAGGAGGAGCGGGAGCGGUGUCUUAUCGCUCCCAGGGACCUCCUGGAGAAGACGCGCCUGCUGAGCCGGGCCUCGCCCGCAGCCCCCUUAGGCCACCCGGGCGGCAGCCUCCUGCUCCGCGGCCAGGGCGAACCGGGCCGGCCCGGAGUCCCCGCCGAGCGCGAGGCCGAGCCCCGCGUCAAGGAGAGCCGCUCCCCAGCCAAGGAGGAGGGCGCCAAGCUGGCCGUGCGCCCGCCAUCUCCUCUCAGCAAGGCGGCCCUGGGGGACAGUCUGCGCCUGGCUGGCCUCCUGGGGAAGCCGCCCGAGGCGCCGGCCGAGCGGCCCCAGAGCGACGUGAAGGUCAAGGAGGAGCGCGGGGAGGACGGCGACGCGCCCCCACAGCUCGCUCCGGGCCCCGCGAGCCGCGAGCGCCUGGCCUUCGCGUGGGAGCCGCUGCGCGACGCAUACCGCGGCCUGGAGCCGCCCCGCCGCGGCCCGCCCGGCCCCGGCGCCCUCUUCGAGCCCCCCGAGCGCCCCUACCGCGACCGCGAGCCGCACGACUACAGCCCCGAGCGCCUGCGGGAGGCGCGCCGCGACGAGCUGGAGCGCGCGCGGCCCCCGCACCUGCCCGCCGGCCCUGCCCUGGACGGCGCGGCGCUUCUGCCCGCGCUGGGCGCCCUGCACUACCCGCGCCUCGCUCCCGCCGCCGCCGCCGCGCUGCACAACGGGCUCCUGGCGAGGCCCCCGCCCGCCGCCGCCGCCGCCGCCCUUGGCGCACCGCCCCCGCUGGUGGCCGCGGGCGGGCCCCCCACGCCUCCCGGGCCGCCGCGGAGCAGGACUACGCCGCUCGGGGCCCGCGCGCCCGGGGAGGCCCGCGACUACUCCCCGUCCCGCAACCCCCAGGAGGUGGAGGCGCGGUAGUCCCCGCGGGGCCGCGCCCGCCGCAUGUACAGAGGCCCCUCCACGAAAGCACUGCUGUCAACUUUUUUAACUGUACGUUGUUUCUAGAACCUAAGCACAGUUCCAUCGGUCCUGGGGUGACGCCCGCUCCUCCACCUGCAGCCUGCGGAGCCAGGGAUUUCAGACACGGUUUUGCCAGGAGUGAUCUUUUGCUUUCCAAGCUCGACAUUAGGCAAUUGGAGAAAAACUUCAAGUUUGUACCUUUUUUCCCACAGGUGAUAAGCGUUUUUAACAGAUUUGUAUUUUUUUCAAUUUUGUGCUCUUUGGACGUUUAAAAGAAAGACUUUUGCUUUUUUAUUUUUAGUUUGGAUUUGCAAUUUAAUGGCCUCAGAUCCCUCUCCAGAGCCCCAGGGGUUUUUUUUGUCUUAUUUAUGAAGAAAAAACAAAAAACAAAAAAACGGUCAUUUUGUCCAACGCACUGUGAGGCCCCCACUCAGGCCCGGCCCUGGCCCUCCCUUGGUACUUGGAACAGAAGUUACAGAUAUAUAUUAAGAUAAUUAAUAAUGUACAAAACUUUUUUUGCCUUAUUAUGCAGAAGUGUAAAAGGGUUUCCUUUUUGGUUUGUUUUUUUUAAAAAAACAAAUGAAACCGUGUACAUAGUCUGUUAAUAUAAAUAUAUGAUGUUAUUAAAUUCUUAACCUAGGUAGACUUUAUAAAAAUCGUUUCUAGAAAUUCCUCUGGUUAUUUGUUUAACACGGUCACAAAAAAAAAAAAUUCACUGGCUGUCAGUUGGAAACGCCCUCAGAUGGUUGACUGCAGCAGCAUCCUUCAACUAUGCAAGCGCUCGGGACGGCCCGGGCCUGGGGGACCACGGCGCGCUCCCUGGAGUGUCUGCCCUGGUGCUUUCUGUGCAGUGUUCACAGAAUCACACCAGACAAGACUGGGGAGGUGAGGAGUCCAAAGGCUGAUUACAAGGGGAAGAGUAGCUGUCUCCUCCGCGGAGCCACCGGCAGACAUGGUCUCAUGUUCUCCCACCGGCCAAGGCCUUGGCGUUACUUCCUUUGGGUUCUGGUUUGCUUUCAUGACCCCGUGAACGUCACUGUGCCCUGUCAUCAGUGUUCCCUGUUUCCUGACGUCCAUACCUGUGUCCUCAGCGUUUGAACCUCAGUUCACCCAUCUCUAGCCAUUUGCUUUGUUUGGUUCUGUAUUUCCAACCCCACGUUUCCACUGUAGGCUCCGGUUAUUUUAAAUAUUUUCACAUCAACCAAUGAAGAUAAAUACAGCCUUGAUUUUGGAUGAAAA